AUCUGAUUUAAUAUCAAGUCCCCACUACUUAUUUUCUUAUACUGCUUUUUUAUCACAUAAAAAUGCAGAUGAAAAAGUAAUUAAGUAAAAAAUUUGGAAAGAGAAUUUGUACCUGUGAAGAAGCAAUUACACGUAAUAGCACCAAUCUAAGGGAAGAAGUAGAUAGAUAAAGAGCAGAUAUUUGUACGCUUAUUAUGCGAGGGAGUGUAAACAAGUUUAAACAAAUCUAAAACAAUUAUACAACGUUAAGAAAAAAGCUGACUAAAAGAAGUCGUUUUAAAGCACGUUUUUUAUUAAUAUUCCUUGACGUAUACUAUGUCAGACGAGGGUGCCAAUUUUACUUAUGAGAAAUUUUGUGCGAUGUGUAAAUUACUUUUCAACAUGAACAACAUUGAAGAGGACGAAUGGAGGUUGCGGGAGAUUUUUGACUUAUUUGACCUAGAUAAAGAUGGCGUGUUGAAGGAACGAGAAAUGAAGAUAUUUUCGGAUUGGACACAAAAGAUAAAAGAGUCUAAAUAUGCUCUUGUAAUCGUAGACGUUCAAAAUGAUUUUAUUGAUGGCUCCUUAUCUCUUCGUACUUGCGAAGGCAAACAGGAUGGAGUUGAUGUGGUGGGGCCAAUUAAUCAUUUAGUGCAAAAUGGAUGUUUUGCUAAAAUUAUUUAUUCGUUAGACUGGCAUCCGGAAAAUCAUAUCAGCUUUUAUGAAAAUUUACAUUUGCGGGAAUUUCAUUCUGAUUCAAAGGUGAAAAAGGAAGAUGCUAAGCUAUUUGAUACAGUUAUAUUUGCGGAUCCUUAUUCGGAACAAAUUCUCUGGCCUAAGCACUGUGUGAUGAAUACAUGGGGAGCUGAGUUACACAAAGAUCUUGUAAUUGCACCAGAUUCAGUACAGAUACGUAAAGGUCAAAACCCAAAUAUGGAAGCUUAUUCCGUGUUUUUCGAUAAUAAUUUUAAAGGAUCAAUGGAAUUACAAGAAAUUCUAAAGAAACACGGUGUGGAUCGCGUUUUCGUGUGUGGCCUUGCUUAUGACAUUUGUGUGAAAUCUACAUGCUUGGAUGGCCUUCGAUUAGGUUACGCAAUAGCUAUUGUCGAUGAUUGUUGCCGCGGUGUUACUGCUCCUGAUACUGAAGCGACUAAAAAACUAAUCUAUGAGAAUGGAGGUUUGAUUACUAACAGCAACGAUGUUCUUGCAAUGGUAAAUGAAGGAAAACAAAGCCUCGUUUUGGCUCAUAAGAUUGCAAAGUCUAUGACUUCGAUUGAUACCCGUGAAAAAGGAGAAAAUAUUUUAAAUAAUAUUUCAUAGUUAAUCGAGAAAAAUUUAGAUUGUUUGAGAAACAGGUUUUAUUUAUAAUAAGAUCUCUAAAUGAUCUAAAACUUAUUUUUUAUAUAUUUUUUCAAUAUUUAAAACCAUUAUAUAUAUAAUGAAUUAUUCUUAGUUUAUCGUACUUAAAUAAUUUGCAGUUUUUAUAUCGAUUAUGUGAGCUUGAAAUAAUUUCAACAUUAAUGUUGAAUUUAAUAUGAUUCUUUGUAGCUAGUACAUUCCCUAGCGAUAGAGUGAAAAUAAUUCUAGCAGAGUGAGACAGGCAAUGCAUUUUGUUAUACUUAUUUAAUUUUGACUUUUAUUUUUCGUACGUUACUAUACGUUAGUUACUAUAAAUAAUGAGUACUUAACGUGAACAAAAUGCUUCAGUUACUUCAAGUGAAAGAAUGCACUAGAUUUUCUAACAGUAUUAUAAAUAGUGAUAAAUAAAUAUACAUGUAAUAAAUACAAAUUACAUAUCAGUCAUAACUAAACCACCGAUUCUUUUGUGUAUUUGUAGAAAAUUUUAAAGUACAAAAUUGUUUGAAAAGAAUAUAUAAAACAUUCGAAGUACAUAUAACUUUUAAUAUGUAUUAAUUUUUUUUUUUACCGAAAAUUCUAUUUUCUUGAUCUGAGUGUUUAAAAUUACCAAAAGUUUAAAAGUUAUCUGUACAAUAUUCUAGUACAAAACAGUACUAGUACUAAACAGUCAAAGGAUUAAAUGAUAUGCUUAAGAAUGAUGCCCUUAAGAACCAGUAUAAAAAUCCAAAAUCUAGUUGCGAUAAUUGAUACUAUUCGUUCAUUAGCAUUCUUGCAGCUUUUUCAAUUUUAUUUGCUGACUCGUCAUCUUUCGUUAAUUUGCAAGCGUAUUUGUGUUUAGCACCGCAAUCAUCGCUUUGAUAAGAGUACAAUCUGGACGUUGAAUUGUAGGAUAAUUUUAGACAUCUAGAAAUAUAAUCACGAAAAUAUAAAUAUUUGUAAAUAUUAAAUGUACGUUAAAAAUAUAAUAAUUGUUAUUAAUCAUUAA